AAUUACUAAAUAUUGAAAAUGAAGGUAUCGGAUAAAUUUUUAAUUAAAAUUAUAGUAUAAAACGGUGUGGUUUAAAUCCCACACGAAGUUAUUAAUCCAUGCAAACGACGUCGAAAGCAUUUUGUUGCAUUACCCAAUAAAAGUCGUUGCAAAUUUUAAAGAUGCGCGGAAAAUAAAUGAAGAAGAAAUAGCGUUAAAUUUGAAAAGUUGGUGGAAAUUGGGGUUGGGUUCUUUUUUGAUAGCAAAAAUGGUGGAGAGGUUUUUCUUAACAGGCAGCAGGAAAUUUGAGAUUGGGGAUGCCAUCAGCAUUCUCUCUGGGCCGCCUUGCUCCGGCAAAACCUCGUUGCUUUUCCAGUUCGCAUUCAACUCCGCAGAAAAGGGCAAUGCGGUACUUCUCUUGUGCCACCGCCGCACCCUACAAUCCAACCCUCCUUUCCUCUCUCAGGGUGUAGAUCCAUCUUCCGAUAUUUUCCGCAGAAUUCAAAUCAAGUAUGUGGAUGAUGAUGAAGGGAUUAAGAACUACUUUGCUGCAUUUCAUUUGCAUCCUACAUUUCCGACUUCAAUUAUUGUAGACAAUUUUGGACAUUUCUUCAAUGAGAGGAAUUGCCAAGAGAGAUACAACAACCCUAGAGGAAGAGAGGUGGCAAUAGUCCGAGUGCUAGCACUGUGUCGAAAUGCAAUCACCCAUGCCAAUAAGAGCAGUCGAUGUGAGCUUCUGCUGUCGGACACUCACAAAGGUGACACCCCGAGGCUGCUCUACAUUUACAAGAGAUGGGCAUCUUGCAUUUACACUAUCAAAGAAGGGGCUGGGCCGGGGCCGGGGUCGUUUGUUGUGAGGAAAACCUAUUCAAAUGUUGCGAAUGCAAAGCCAACAUCAUCUGCUAAGUACUCCAUAGCGCUUCAAUAUUUGAUACUAGAAGGCCUUGUUGAGGAGAGUGAUCAUCACACCAAGAUUUCCUAAGUUGCUCACUAUGAUGAAUUUAGCUGUUUUUUGGAGUUAUUAGGCUUAUAGUUAUCGGAGUAAUCUUCCCUGUUUUGCUAAAGGGUAUGAUGCAUUGUGUUUACAAUUUUGUAAGUUAAACUCUUAUGCUAUAUGAAAAAUUAUGGGCUCAACUUUACAUCCA